AUGAGUGUUUACAGUGUGAAGGAUAUAUUGAGAAAUGAGUGGAAAUACGUGAUCGGUAUUGUAAUAUUAGCCACUUUGCUGAUGACAUAUAUGUUCACAGAUACUUCAGUAUACAACUUCCAUAUUCGACUACUUCCGGCAUCAGCGGUAACAUGGGAACCAGAGUUGAGUUUAAAGCAUUUCUCUUAUGACGUGAGUGACCCACGUGAUGCAAGGUUUUAUAACAUAAUACUGGAGGAAGAAGCCCUCAAAAUUAAACCAUGCACGGAUGAAAAUCUGUCGGCAUCGAUAAAGCAUUCCUCUCUGUCUUUUAUAGAAUAUAAAGACCAACCAUACAAUAUUGGUGAUGAAAUCACCAUUCUUGUUACAAUGAAGGAUGGAUAUAGUAAACGAAUAAUGUUUGGAGGAGAUCAUUUGAGAGCAACGAUAGAGAACAAACAAUUGCAAGCAUCCGCUCCCUGUGUGGUCACCGACAAUAUGAAUGGUACUCAUUCUGUGGCAUGUGAAGCAUUUUGGUCAGGAACGUCUUCAAUAAUCGUAGUUCUUGCUUAUUCAAGAGAAAUAAUUGCGACAAAUUACCGUAUAAGGACUCAGGUAGGCGUCUAA